CUGCGAAUGAUAUCCCCAAUGUUUCAGGAAGCGGAAGAGCGAGUGCGGGCGUUGGUGCGGGAGGAGGUGGAUGGCCUGCGCCGCGAGUUUGAUGUGUUGCGCAGGGAGUGCGAGCAGUUCACGCAGGAGUGCAGACGAGAGCUACAGGAACAGCGGCGCUGGCUUACAGACGCACUCGCUAGAGUCGAAGAUCGCCUGCUUCAAGGUGCCCAGCAUCACCCAGGGCAACACGGGCGCCAACAGCAGCGACCACUCAACGCAACAACCAGCGAUGCAAGCGCCGACCGAGGACAACCGCAGUCAUUCCCAGCAUCAUCAUCAUCGUCCUCAUCAGCAGGAAACGUGAAGCUACCAGCAUCGUCGGUGCGCAGAUCGCUUAAAACACGCGACGCCACUCACCACCAGCAGCACCAGCAGCACCAGCAUCAAGAGACUGCGAACACCGACGUCGAUGCUGAUGAGGAUGGCAUCGUCCCGAGCACUGCUGUUGUUACGCUGAACGUGGGCGGAUCUCUGUUUUCCACACUGGCGUCCACGCUGAGGAGAGUGCCAGACAGCUUCUUUGACAUCAUGCUCAGCGGCCGGCAUCCGGUGGCGCGGGAUGAGGCCGGCCACAUCUUCAUUGACCGCAACAGCGUGCACUUCCCCGUCAUCCUGGACUGGCUGCGGGACCCAGGCUCGCCACAAGCGCUUCCAUUCAACGACGCGGAGUUCUUGCAUGAGCUGGAGUACUAUGGGCUCGCAGAUGCCGUCCUCGGCGACUGGACCACAUCUGAGCCAGACCUCACAGCCGUCACGGGUGGCGUGUAUGCGAUUGGCUCCGAGUCGCCCAACGAGCGCUACGACAUGGACCGCAACAUCUGGUAUCCCGUGGCCGAUCUGCUGCAGCCGCGUACGGACUGCAAGUACACGUGGUUCAACAACCGCCUCUAUGCCAUUGGCGGCCGCGAUCGCCAGCGCGUGUAUGCCGCCGUCGAGCGCUUUGACCCGCGCAAGAACAACUGGGUGCCUGUGCCCGACAUGCACCAUGCACGCCGCAGCGUGGCGUGCGCCAUCCUGCACGGGCAGCUCUACGUUAUUGGCGGCCUUGACCACGACGGGCGCUGCCUUGCGUUUGCAGAGCGGUACGACCCGGACACGCGCACGUGGGAGGAACUGCCUCCGCUGCAGCAGUGCGCCGGCCCCGUUGCAUGCGUGGUCGUGCGCGGGCGGCUGUAUGUGUUUGGUGGGAGCGAGAUGCUGGCGGACCCGCGGAGCUACGUGCCAGUCAACGCGGUGGAAAUGUAUGAUGAGGAGCACCGCACGUGGGUUGCGCGGGCACCCAUGCCGCAGCCCCGGUAUGAGCUGCACGCUGCUGUUGUCCGCACGGAGGUGGUCAUUGUCGGCGGCCUCGCAUCCAGCUCAACGGCUUCCGCCCUCUCGCGCACGGACAUCUACAGCACGGAGACGGACACGUGGCGGUCUGGUCGCGACAUGCGCCUGCAGCGCUUCUCCGUCGCCUGCUGCGACACCAUCGGCAAUAUGGUUUAUGUCGCCGGUGGCUCAAACCCGGUCGCCCUCGAGACCGUCGAGAGGUACGACCUUGACACGGACACCUGGACCAUCCUCCCAAACAUGUCCCAGCACCGCCACUUCUUCUCCGCUGCCGUCUUUCAAGGGCGGCUGCUGACGGUGGGCGGGAUGACGUAUCGGCGGGAUCGGCGCUCGCAGCGCGUGGGAGCGAGCAUGCCUGUGACGACGGUGGAGGCGUAUGACCCGGCCACCAACAAGUGGUACACGCUCGCCCCGCUCAACAACGCGCGUGCCCACGGCGUGUGCGUCACGGCAUCCUCCUUUUGAUUCCAAAGAGGGCAGAGAGGGGGGGGGGUGUGGGCGUGCGUGCGCGGAGGUGGUGUGGUGCUGCUAUGUAUUCUUGAUGGGUGAAAUGUGUGCUGUGGGUGUAUGAACUCAUGAAUGAAAGCGCAAGGAGA